GACGCCGCGGACACCAUGUGGAGCUCCGUGACGGACACCCUGGGCAGCAUCACCAAGCUGUGGCGGCGGCGCAGGAUGGCCAUGGACGCGGCGGCGGUGCUGGCGUGGCUGCGCGCGCACCCCGACGUGCUGGAGAAGCACGUCAUGGACGAGCUGGAGCUGGAGACGCUGGAGCGGUGGAUCAUCCGGAAGACGCAGCGCGCCAAGAAGCAGGCCCAGCAGGGCGCGGGGAAGAACGGAAGGAAGACUUCGCUGUCUCGGUGGAAGUUCUGCGUCCACGCCGACAAGCGCCAGAUGCUGCAGGAGCUGACGCAGUCCCUGCAGCGCGGCCCGUCGCGCGCGCACGUGCUGUUCGAGCUGGCGGGGUGCAUCAGCUCGGCCGUGAGCGCGGACGGCUUCCGCCUGUUCCUCGCCGAGCAGGGCGAGCCCGACAACCUGACGGAGUACGUCGGCGAGGAGGAGCCCACCCCGCUCACCGGGUCCUCGGCGCGCCGCUCCUCCGGCGUCACCGUCCCCGGCUUCGUGGCGAGGACCAGGGAGCCCGUCAGACUGUCCUACACCGAACCGGACCCCCGGUUCCCCAACGGACUGGCCUACAACGGCCACGUCAUGUGCCAGGCCGUGCUGCAGCCCGACGGCUCGCUGGCCGGCGUCCUGGAGCUGCGCCGCGGCCCCCACAACGCGCCGUUCCACGAGGAGGACGAGGAGAUCAGCCAGUCGUACCUGGUGUGGGGCGGCAUCGCGCUGCACUACGCGCACCUCUACCUGUCGCAGGACCGCCAGCGCAGGCUCAAUGACUUCCUGCUCACCGUCGUCAAGUCCAUCUUCCAGGACAUGGUGAGCAUGGACCUGCUGGUGACCAAGGUGAUGAACUUCGCCCAGCGGCUGGUGGACGCGGACAGGGCGUCGCUGUUCCUGCUGGACGCGCGCUCGGGCGAGCUGUACGCGCGCAUCUUCGACGUGGGCGGCGAGCAGCAGCAGCAGGGCUUCGAGGCCGGCGCCGGCUCGGAGGACUCGCUCGCCUCCGCCUACAAGCUGCACACCGAGGAGAUCAGGUUCCCGAUGGGCACGGGCAUCGCGGGCCAGGUGGCACGCACGGGGGAGGUGCUCAACAUCCCCGACGCGUACUCGGACCCGCGCUUCAACCGGUCCGUGGACCAGCUCACGGGCUACCGCACCCGCUCCAUCCUCUGCAUGCCCAUCUUCAUCCGCGGCGCCCUCAUCGGCGUCGUGCAGAUGGUCAACAAGCGGUCCGGGACCUUCAACAAGGAGGACGAGGAGGCCUUCGAGACGUUCGCCGUGUACUGCGGGCUGGCCCUGCACCACGCCAAGCUGUACGACAAGAUCCGGCGUUCGGAGCAGAAGUACCGCGUCGCGCUGGACGUGCUGAGCUACCACAACACGUGCCUGGACGAGGAGGUGCAGGACAUGCUGGGGCGCGGCGUGCCGGACGCGCUGCCGCAGGUCGACCAGUUCCACUUCAACGUGUUCGACAUCGACGACCUGGAGAAGGCCCGCCACGCCGUGUUCAUGUUCAAGGACCUGUUCGGCCUGAGUCGCUUCGACGAGGACAGCCUGAUCCGCUUCACGCUGACCGUGCGCAAGAACUACCGGCGGGUGCCGUACCACAACUGGACGCACGGCUUCUCGGUGGCCAACACCAUGUACGCCAUCAUCAAGCACUCCGGAGGGGUGUUCCGCGAGGAGGAGGCGCUGGCGCUGUACAUCGGCUCGCUGUGCCACGACCUGGACCACCGCGGCAAGAACAACCAGUUCAUGCUGGAGACCGAGUCGCCGCUGGCCAGCGUCUACAGCACGUCCACGAUGGAGCACCACCACUUCAACCAGACCGUGGCCAUCCUGCAGCAGCAGGGACACAACAUCUUCCAGAAGCUGACCAACAGCGAGUACAAGCAGGUGCUGGGGCUGCUCAAGCACUGCAUCCUGGCCACCGACCUGGCCGCCUUCUUCCCCAACCGCGAGCGACUCACGCGGCUCGUCAGCAGCGGGGCCUUCUCGUGGGACAACGACGAGCACCGGCUGUUCCUGGGCGCCAUCGCCAUGACCGCCAGCGACCUGUCGGCCAGCGCCAAGCCCUGGGAGCUGCAGGUCAAGACGGUCAAGGUCAUCUUCGAGGAGUUCUACCAGCAGGGCGACGAGGAGCGGGCCGUGGGCAUGGUGCCCAUCCCCAUGAUGGACCGCAACCAGCCCGACCAGCAAGCGGCGUCGCAGGUGGGCUUCCUGACGGGCAUCUGCUUGCCCUGCUACUCGCUGCUCAGCGCCUUGAUCCCGGACACCAGGCCGCUGCUGGACGAGUGCCGCACCAACCUGGAGCGCUGGAGGGAGCUGGACAACUCCCGGCGGGGCGCGCGGGGCAGCCAAGACUCCGGCGAGCCACCCCACGGGGCGAACGGGCCUCCCAACGGUCCCCCCAACGGGACCCCUCACAAGACUCCCAACGGGGCACCUCCGACCGCGCCCCUCACCACAGCAGGGCCGCUGCAGUCGACACUCUCCCUGGAUUCGGAUUCGCCCUCGGCGAUUGCUUCCCUGUCCCACGGUGGCUCUGCGCCCGACUCUUCGGACGAGGCGACUCGGAGCGCCCCGACCUAGUCACUGACUUGUCACUGACCGUCUCCUCCCCAAUGCAUCACCGUUCUUCGCCUUCAUUUAGGGACCCUUCCGUGUCGCCGUCGACUCGCGCGAGUGUCAUCAGUGACAGCCAACGAGCUGCGAUACGAAUUUCCCCCUUACUUUAGACUUAAGUAGGAUAUCUCGUUUCCGAACUGACCUAGCCACUAUUUCGAUCCCUUCUGGGAGGCGUGUCCCCCCAGUUUUGCGCUGAUAUGUGUCGACUGUGAUGUGUGUGCGUUUGUGUGAGUGUGCGUGUGUGUAUGUCUAUAGUUGUUACAAUGUUGUGAGUUUUAAGAAAUAAUGAUGCGUAUAAAGUAGAGAUAACUUCGAGUUUGAAUUUCGAUGAAUUUUGGCCGCUCAUUCAGCGUGCUGCUCUUGGAGGCCUCCCAUACCCGCCCCGCAACACACCGCUGAGUUAGUGAGGACGGUGGGUGGCCCACCUCCCAUGCUGUCCUAUGCCUGCAAAGCGCGAAGGCAAAGUGAAGAUGGGUCCUAUCGGCCGGGUCGGCUCACGUGGGACACCCUCAGACUCGUCCAUUAGAGGCGUGAAUUUGUAGAGUUCGUUUGUGGUUCUUCUGCUUGUCCACGGCGGCCUGUCGCAGUUCACCAGCCUUCAGCCCGAUUUCAUGGAAUUUAGUGACACCCAUUCACAUUUUCUCAGUAUUAAUGCACUUCAGUCGGGCAAUAAGCGAACAAGUCCCAUUUGUUCCUCCUAAAGAAGUGUUUGGGUAUUGUAGCUUAAACUUGAUUUAUCUUUUCAUCUCACAUAUCAUAUUUAUGUUUUUCAAAGAUAGUGAUUGUGUGCUGAAGGAGUGCCUGUUAUUCCAAAGAACAUUCCAGAAAUGUCACAAUUUUUGUUCAAAUUUCCCAUCUGCUGAAUUGGAUUGUAUUUAUUAUCCCAUGGACAACAUUUUUGAUCAAUAGGUUUCCUUUUAAGUUUCUGUGUUUGAGACCAUCAUCUGGAUCAAUUAUGUAGGCAAAAAAUUGAUGUGAUUACCAAGUUUUAUCUUUUAAUAUGACCUUAACUAUAAAGAAUCUUCUCUUAGACUGAACUUAGUCUAAUUUCUCAACAUGCUAUAGCAUUGUAAGUACCUGGAGCUGAGCCUUGAGAUAUGCAAAGUGUAUGUGUAUAUGUAUGUGAAAGUUAUUCAAAGGAUGUAAUAUAUUUUGUGACUGGUUAUUCAAGGGAAAGAAAAAAGUUGAACAGC